AUGCAAUGUUACCCAGCCCCAAGCCCCAAGCGGUGGCCACAGAGGCUCGAGCCUUUGAUCCAAGCGGUGCGCGACGCAGGGGUGCAGGACGCGACCAUCUUCCAUUUUCCCGAUGCUUACGAGAUGACUGGCGAGGGCCGCGAGCCUUGGUCCACGUACGUCGACCUGCUUGUCGGGGAGAUCAACAAAGCUGCAGGUGACAAGGAUCGGCCCUUGCUUCUGUUUGGCCACUCCAGGGGGGCCGCACCUGCCACCUGCGUAGCCUACCGUCUGGGUACUCGCGUGAAGAAGGUAUACAUCGCAGCUUGUGGUGCCAUGAAGGCUCACGAGCCCACUGGCUGGGAGCUCCUGAGCCAGAGAUUCAAAGAAGGAGGCGACAGAGACCUGUUGAAGUGGUUCUCCAGCAUUCAGCCGGGGAACUUGCUGCUCCGCCGCACUGCCUUCGAGACAUCGCCCAGGGAGUUUGAAGAGCAGACCACCUCCAGUAAGAUGAUGGCUGACAUGCUGCAUGUCAUGCGGUCCCAGUACCGCGAUGCCAUGUAUCCGGAUCCAGACAGGGACUUCGGCUGUAUGCCAGUGCCGAUCAUGGCCCUGUCGCCUUUGCAUGACGAGUCCUGCCAGCCGGAGCAUUGCCAGGACUGGGAGCUCCUUACAUCGGCAGGCUUCCAGCUGGAGACGGUCGAUGCCGGCCACAUGGACUGCCUGAUGCCGCAGCAGGAAGAGAUCUCAAUCCCGGCCGAUGUGGAAUCAGAAUCCCCGCUCCUACCGCAGGGUGGUGCGAUGAUAUGGAUCGCGAGGGCGCUGGCGAAGGUUCAAGCGCUGCAGCACAGCAAGGGCAAGUGUGAGCUUUUCGAGAAGAUUUGCAAGGAUUUCCAGCAGUUCCUGCACUGA